AUACUGUAGCGUGGCGAAGAAUUUUUGAUGUGAAAUACGGACACAUUGGGUGGACGUGCCUUUUGCGUUUAGAAAACCAAGAUGGCUCGCGGACCGAAAAAGCAUUUAAAGCGUCUUAACGCGCCUAAAGCAUGGAUGUUAGAUAAACUUGGAGGUGUAUAUGCCCCACGUCCAUCCACGGGACCUCAUAAAUUAAGAGAAUCUCUUCCUCUUGUAAUUUUUCUUCGCAAUAGAUUGAAGUAUGCAUUAACUAACCGUGAAGUAACAAAUAUUGUGAUGCAACGUUUAAUUAAAGUUGAUGGCAAGGUUAGGACUGACCCCAAUUAUCCUGCAGGCUUUAUGGAUGUUAUUACCAUUAAUAAGACUGGUGAAUAUUUUCGAUUGAUUUAUGAUGUCAAAGGACGAUUUACUACUCACAGGAUUACAGCAGAAGAAGCUAAGUAUAAAUUAUGUAAGGUAAAACGUGUUCGCACUGGACCAAAAGGCAUCCCAUUCUUAGUAACACAUGAUGGAAGAACUAUUCGAUAUCCAGAUCCAUUAAUUAAAGUUAAUGACACCAUACAUUUAGAUAUUGCAACAGGCAAAAUUUUGGACUCUAUUCGAUUUGAUUCAGGUAAUCUCUGUAUGAUUACUGGUGGUAGAAAUUUAGGACGAGUAGGCACGGUAGUAAGCCGCGAACGUCAUCCGGGAUCUUUUGAUAUUUGUCAUAUUAAAGAUUCACAAGGACAUUCUUUUGCUACAAGGUUGAAUAAUGUAUUUAUCAUUGGCAAGGGUACAAAGCCAUACAUUAGCUUACCAAGAGAUAAAGGUGUUAAGCUUUCAAUUGCCGAAGAACGCGACAAGAGGUUAGCAGCAAAAGGAGUGAAUUAAUGUACAUUUGCAAGAAAAUAUUCAAUAAACCGAGAAUUUCUUGGUGAA